UGAGCAGUAUCUAAAGGUACUGUACAAUACCACUUCUACAGAAUUACCUCUCUGAAGUCUGAACUAUUCUUAACGCGAAAAGAAGAUUGCGUUAAUGAAUCUGCCGACUUCCAUUAUUAUUUUCACAUCAUGUAAAGCCCCUUCUCCAUCAGCACAAUACCGGUACCGGUUAUCUUGACCGAUCAAUAAAUGCUACAUUUGUAAAACCGAAGUUGGCUUCUUUUUACUAACGCCGGCUUAUCAUUUUGAUGAUUCCAUGGUGUGAUCUACCAAUGGAACAUAGCUGUAAAAGAAUAGAAGGUAUGUUGUUCCUUUCACGCAGGCCCAAAAUUUAUUGCAUUUUAAAUUCUUUCGCUUGUGAAAACCAAAACGGAUCGUCCGUCCAUCAAUUGUAACGUUGUUGAGAUCGCUUCCGAUGGAAAACCGCAGAUGGAAACAGCAUCGCAGCUCCGAUGGCGGUUUUCCCUACUGUGCGUGACCUUUUUGUUUUGUCUGGCUUUGUACACUCUGGCGGGACCGGUUGGUCCCUAUGGUCGCUGUCCGGAAAGUAAUCAGUCCCAACAGGUGAACGACCGUUGCCGAUUACGUCGGUUUGUGGCACCGCGCGAUAAUAACGCGCUCUUACAGUGCGCAUCGGCGACAUCGUUUGACAUACGUGAUGCAUUAGUGCGGUAUGCUUAUCAGAAGUGUCAAUUUGUGCUAUUUUUGGACAUUGUGUCCUUCAUCGGCAAUGAAACCCUGGAUUUAGCGGAAGACACAUUUGACUCCAUUCCAACUAUUACCACACAUUUGCAGUUGUGGGGAUUAACAUGGAUUAUACCGAAAAACUGGAAUGAAUUAACACCGUUUGUAGUAACGAAUAUGAUCAGACAACUACACCUUGUCAACAUGAAAUUUGUGCCCCCGGAUAACACUUUGCCGUUCGAUUUAUUCAAAGGAUUAGAUCAGGUGGAGCGUGUUGCUAUAUUUCAUACGGAGUUACCCCUUGUCGAAGAAGGGUUUUUUGACGUUCUUCCGAAACUUGGCUGCCUUAAAUUGUUCAACAUUUCCAUUCCAUGUUUAUGCUCCAUGAAGUGGUUCCAUGACUGGAUUGUAACUAAUCAGUUUACCAUGAUUUUCAAUGGUGACCCGGAUUGCGGCAUUUAUAACACCAACUGCUAUGGAAAUGGUUUGGAUGGCGUGUGGAUUUUAAGUCCUGAUGUGGACACCGAAUUAAACAAGUGUACAACAGCGACGAAACUCUCACCAAAAAGUAUCUCCUUGAAACUACGUAAUUUUGAUAAUGGCACCGACGAAGAACUGCAACAAAUGCUACAGGACGGUAGCGAAUUAUGGAUGGUCAAUGGUCAAGCGUCACUACCCAAUGGAAGCGCUCCCACUCAGGAAGGUCGCACCAUGAUUCCACCAGAACGCCGCACUGACAUUCAGACACUGGAUCCCAUCAGUCUGGAGUGCAAACCCGAAGGAUUCCGGGUAAUGAUUCCCUUGCAAACCUCCCCGGUAACGAAAGCGGAAUUCUGGAAUUUUGGUAAUGUCACCAAGUGCACCAGCGAAGGAAACAUGGAGAGCAGUGAACGCAUGCUGGUGCUGACGACAAAUUACACGUCCUGUGGCACGGUAUUGACGGAUGACGAAGAACGCCUGACCUUUCAGAAUGUGAUUGUCGUAGAACACCCUGCUGCCGACGACAACAACGAUGUGCUAAUUGAACGUGUGACCUUUUCCAUGAUACCGAUUGUCUGUGUAUUUAUGCGCACCGAGCAGUUCUCCUUUCUACAGACAUCGGAUCUGCAGCCGGCGAAUGUCCGCCGCAUGAAAGAUCCCCUCAGUGGUGUCAAUACGGCCAAAGUGAAGAUCGAAAUCGUCAAUGCAGUGGCUUCCGCCCUGAAUAACAUCUUCUCUUUCGAUAUUUUUGCGGAAGCGAUUGCCGAUCCGCGAUUGUCUCUGAUGGUAGAAACCCUCUACGCCACCCCCACAAACAACAGUGCUGAUGUCAAGCGAUAUGACAUUAUUGUUGACGGUUGUCCAAAAGACGGCACACUGCAGUCCACGCCUCUAAUUGACGGCAAGGUCGGUUUCCGGUUUACGAUGACGCCUUUCAAAUUCCGCGGCAACGCUACCAACGAUGUCUACCUACACGGUCAUGCCAUUCUGUGCAACAACUUCAGUGAGAAAUGCGAAUUUGAUUGCACCUCCAAGGCACAGCCAAGAAUGAUGCCGUCUCAACGUUCACUCAAUGACAUUGAUUUCGAUGUGGUCAGAUACUCGAAGACGUCCGUUCUGCGAGCCGCGGAAAUGAUCUGAGGAAAUUCCCUCAGAAAUUCGAUGCCAAACUGUUCCUUAUGCCAACUGUGAUAGAUCGUUUUAUUCUGUGAUAAGUAAACAAAACAUUCAUCUCCAUACCCGAUUUUGUAAGUCGCUACGGAAAACUGAAACACACGCUUUGUAAACAAAAUACAAUCAAUA